AAUGAGAAAGAAUUGGGAAGUUCUUGGACCUUUAGUUAAUUUCUAUAUUUAUCAACACUUCAUACAGCUUAAAGAGAUUAAAGAAUUUUUAUUGCAUGGAGAUAGUUUAGCUGUUGCAGCAGAUCCAUUAAUUACAAAAAGUUUGAGGGUAACAUAUGCUGUCCAAAAGAAAUUUAAACUGAAAUAUCUGAUAAUGGCUUGUACGGCUAUGUGUUAUGCGAAAGAUAAAUACGAUUUAAUAGCAGAUGUUGAUGAUAACUUUGAAAUAAAUUCAAACAGUACUCCAUUAUCGGCUCUUUUUUACGGUUUUUCUGGGAAAAAACUUAAAAUAAUAACCACGUUAGCCUAUAAACCUUUUCUAUAUAGAAAUAAUCAGAAGGAGAUUGUUGGAAGCCUAAAAAAUACAAUUGAUAUUAUGGCGGAAAAGCUCAAUUUUAAAUAUGAUUUUCUAGUCAACUCAUCCGCUAAUUUUGGAGAAAGACUAUCUCCCGGAGUGUGGUCUGGAGUAAUUGGUCAAGUAACCAAUAAAACCGCUAGUAUAUUAGCAGAUGGCUUAAGUUAUGUAGCCUUAGACGGAAGGGAUAAUAUUACGUACGAUCGUUCGAAGGAUGUAUCUUUCACCUUUCCCUACUACAUCGAUUCUAUAUCGGCUUUAUAUAGAGCACCAGACCCAGAAAAUAACAUUCUUUAUUUUAUACAUAUAUUUAAAUACGAUGUUUGGGCACUAGCCGGCUCAGCUUGCUUGGUAACUGCACUUAUUUAUACUGCAAUAACCCAUUUAACAGCUAAGAUAUCAAAUUGUGAAAGUCGUGUACCAGUCUACGAUUCUUUAUUCUUCUUUCUUGGAUCUUUUUGGAAGCAGGCAAUGUCGAAACUUCCGCAACAUUCAUCUGGUAGAUUAGUUCUCAGCUUUUGGUGGUUAUUUAUUAUAAUGUUCACAACUGUCUAUUCUGGAAUGUUGAUGGCAUCUUUGACAGUGGUACUCAGGGAUAUACCAUUUAAAGACUUUGCAGAACUUACCAAUUACGCAGCGGCAAAUGAAAAAGUAUUAGUUUUUGUUAAGGAUAGCGCAAUCUUAGAUCUUGUUAAGAAAACUAACGAAAGCGAAAAUCAUCCAUUCCAAAUGGCAAAAGAUAAUAUUUAUUCCCAUAAGGAUUCUGUUGUUACGAAUUCCAUUGUUCAUGGAAAUCCAGAACUACUAGAAAAGUUGAAAGAUUUUACGCAUAUAUUUUUUGGGGAUAAAGUAAACUUACAACAGUUUGCAGCUUCACUCGGAUGUAAUAAGGACAAACUUAUUUUGUUGCAAAAGAACUUUUUAAGCAGCGGUUUGGGUUUAGUUGUCCAUAAGGGGUCUCCAUUUGUAAAAAGACUAUCAAAGUUAAUAAUGCUCCAACAAGAAUCUGGCCUUAUUGAAUUGUGGAUAAAGCAAAACGAGGAGAUUGAUUAUUGCCCCUUCAUCUCUAAGCAAGUUGCCAAAAAGACUAAAGUAAAACUUGAAUAUGUGCCAGGAGUAUUCAUUCUAUUCGGUUUUGGAGUUGGUGUAGCCUUAGCUAUUCUCAUAGCCGAAAUGAUUCUAACUAUACUUAAAAAUAGAAAAAUUACAACAAGUAGAAAUAACCAAAUUGAAACGAGGCCAAAAGAUUCAUAUUUUGUAGGCUCAACAGAAGUUAUUCGUACAUUGAAUCACGUUCAAUCAAGCAUUAUUAAUGGGCAAAGUAAAAUUCAAGAAAAAGAAGUUUGUGUUAAAAGACGUCAAAGAACAACGGACUCUGAAAGUAUUUGUUCCACGUCACAAGUUUUCGUCAUAGUUCCAAGCGAAGUAACUAAACUAUAG